UAUCAGUCCUUGAGAUCCGUGCAACGCCUAUCAGAUUCCGCUUUGCUGUAUUCAUCUGCGUCCGCGAUAAACAAUGAUAUCAUACUUCAUAUGACUACAACUCACCUCCCGAGGUACGAUCGGAAUGCGUGACGUGCGGCCUACACGUGAACCUGUUCUCAAGCGCGAAACAGCUGAUACUGAAACUUAUUAUAAAGAUACACGCGACAGCCUCGCUCUCGAGUCCUGUUGAUAAACUUUAACAGCGUGAUAAAAGAUGUUUUACUGUUCUGCGCUUUAGAUGUAUACAGGCACCUCCACUAUGGCAAAUUCCCUAAAGUUAAAUGCGCCUCCAAAAGUGAUACUGACAGCAGAGGAGGAUGACAGAACAGAAGGCGCUAAAGAGAUGGAUGACACUUUGGAGGAGUCUGCUGAGGAUGAUGAGGAGAGGAAGGCACGGGCUGCUGCAGAGGAGGCAGCUGCCAAAGAGAGGGCAACUCAGAGACAGCUAAUGGCCAUAGAGGAGCUGGUGUACACCGAACGAAACUACCUGAAAAAUCUGCAGCUCUGUACGGUCACCAUCCACAGCAAUCUGCGGAAACUACAGCCUUCUCCACCAAACCUGGACUGCAUGUUCCAGCACAUAGAUGAGGUGAUGGAUGUUUCCAGCAGAUUCCUGAGUCUCGUAGACCAGUCACAGAUUCAGCACAGUGACCCAAAAUACCUCGAAACAAUCUGCAAUUCUUUCCUGAGUCUGUCUCGAGACAUAGAGAUGGCUUAUAAAGAGUAUCUGGCCAACUACAAUAACAUCACUGCUUUGGAGAACAGCUACAAACAGAAAGAGACCAUGUGGACAGAGAUGGCUAAAAUCAUUAAGUCAUCUGCUCCUGAAGUGAACGCAUCCACUCUUAGCUUCUUUCUGGUUAUGCCGGUUCAGAGGAUCGCUCGCUACCCUCUGUUGUUUCAGACUAUGCAAAAACAAACAGACCCCCAACACCCUGCUUACUCCAUACUGGAGGACACCGCGCACACUGCGGUCCAGAUCAACUGCAGGAUCAAUGAAUAUAAACGCUUCCGUGAAGUGGCUGACAAGUAUAAGAAGACCGAAAACUUAACCAUUAAGGACAAGAUCAAUCGACUGAGCAGCCACAGCAUUGCCAAAAAGACAGCUCGCCUCAGCCAGUACAUAAAGCACGAGACAGGAAUGGUUCCAAAGCUGAUAGAUGAAGAAUUCGAUUCCCUUGCCGGCUUCUUUUUUGUGCUGGAAAGGGGUGUCUCAGACCUCCAUAAUAACAUGGUGGCCUAUCUUCACCAUCUACAGAGGUUCCUUAGCUGCAGACCGGAUGAAGCAGAUCUUGAUCUGGAGGGCGAAAAAGCCGCCCUGUUCUCUAAAGAAAUCACGGUGGCACUCAGAAUGUGGAUAUACCCUGCAUAUGAGGAGCGGUUGAAGACUCUAGUCUUUAAGCCCUUGAACUCACUGCGGGAGCUGAUGGCGGGACCUCGCAACCUCAUUCGCAAGCGUCAAGACAAGCUGCUGGACUAUGUGCCUAUUGAAGAGAAGAGCCACCUGAGCUUUGAGGAGCAGGCCAUAGCCAACACAUACAAGACCAUCAAUACACUGCUGUUAAAUGAACUUCCUCAGUUCAAUGGGAAAGCACUGCAGAUCCUAUGGGCAACGUUGGAGGCCUUCAGCUGCCUCCAGAGGGACCUGGCCACUGAUAUGAAGCAGCUAGCUACCAGCUUCAUCCAUCAGCUCCCACACAGUUCUAUGGAGGAUGGUGAGUUUUGGAAGUGGGCAGAGAACUCGGUGCUGGAUGGUUCGAGAAGGAUGGAGAGUCUGUGUCAGAAUGUUCAAGAGACGCUCAAUGCUCCCAUUGUGCAGGCUCUCAGUCCUGUUUCUGAACGACGUCUGAAGACUCUGACCCUAACGCACGGCUCACAGAAGAUCUACCAGCUGACAGGCCCUGUUGUGGGCAUACGUGAUCUGGACCUGACCCUCAGCAAAGGGGAACUGGUUGCUGUCGUCAGUGAGAUGGACACGCGUGGAGACCGACGACGAUGGCUGGUUGAUGUAGGAGGCCCAAGGGGAUAUGUGCCCGCAUCAAAGCUGACCCAAUACCAUCAAAUGACUGUUGACCCGCCAUCUCCUCGUAUGAAAAUCACACCCACCGGUCCAGGGCCCAGAAGACACUCCUACACACACGGAGCCCAGCCAUUCUCAAUCCCCCCAACCUCACCCUGUUUUCAGGUGUACGCGGUCUACGACUUCACGGCAAGGAGCGCCCAUGAGCUUUCUCUGAGGGGCGGAGAACUGGUGCGGGUGGUUGAACCUCACGAUAAGCGUGGCAACAAGGAAUGGAGUCUGGUGGAGGCGCGGGGCCAGAGGGGCUACGUGCCCUCCAACUACCUCAACAUCCUGCCCUCUAUAAUCGCAUCGCCCACCUUCCCUUAUCGCUAAUGUCGGAAAAUACCCCAAAUAUCUGCUGGGCUGCUGAUACAGCCCGUUAUCCGGCAUCCAGACAAACACAGGCCAGCACCGAAUGGCUCUUUAUACAUGAGGGGGCGGUUUGGUGUUUGAAAUGGAGUGGUGCUUGGGCACUGCUGUGGAGUGCUUGAUCUUUGCUUUUCUUGGAGCUUUUACCAGAGGAGAUUGUUGGGAUAGACAGACGAGACACAUGGAUGGUGUUGAAGGAACGUGCAGUUACCUGUGAUUAACAGAUGCUCUUUAAUGGAUUUCUCGGAUACACAUUUCGGCUGUAAAGUGGAAAGUACAGCUACUCGGGGGAUAGUGUUAACAAGAUGGAUGCGAAGCCCUGGAUCCUAUUUAACUGCUUAACUGCAACAAAUGAGGUUUUCCUAUUAAAUGUGGAUGGUUUGAGACUCAGACUGCUCUGGAUUCCAGCCGGUAUUUUAUGUUCAAUGCUUUUAAUUGUACAUUUUAAUCUUGAAUGUCAAUUAUAAAGUGGCCCCAAACAGUA